CGCUUCUUAACAAGGGAUCGCGCCUCAUGACCCAGUCGCUCCGCGCUGGCGUCCGCAACAUGUCGAGCGCCACCGAGCAGGAGGCCAAGGAACAGAUGCACCGAUGGACCACCAUCUCUAAGGGCAUGAUCGCCCUGACGUCCGUGUACACGGUGUACGCCAUCGGCGACCACCUGAGCCACGAGCACCACGAGAAGGACACCCCGGCCUACCCGUACCUCAAGAUGCGCACCAAGCCCUUCCCGUGGCCCGAGUCGAACUGCGACCUGCUGGACUUCGACUGCAAGGCCAAGGCCCGCGCCGCCAAGAAGGCCCUCGAGUAAGCGUCGUCAAUGCAGCACAGGCUAAUAGGACAGGUGGAGGAGCAGAGAGAGUGGGCGGGGCUGACUUGUCAGACUUGCUUCUCUCUUGCUCUCUAUUUGACCUAUCGUCUGUCAAGUCUUCCGUGUUGUCUCGCUCUUUCAAGGAUUCCGAGUCAUCGCACCACACACACGCAGUCGACCAUAAUUGAAGAAAAAAAAGAAAUAAAAACACGAGACCGAGUCUUCGUUGUCCUUAUUAAC